AUGGGCGAAACUGACGCUCUUUUAGCAACACAACACAUUUCCCACUCGCAUGGUAGUAAUUCUAACUUGAAUGAUGGCACACAACAGAAUUGGCAAGGACAAGAAGAUCCUGUUUUAGCACCUCUUCUGAACGGGGAAAUUUCAGCAGCUCCACCGCCAAAAGACGCUCCAAUAUCGUCAAAUGAAGCACAUAGUCUGGGUGCUGUUAAAACCAAUUUGAUGGUAGGGGUGCUAUUUAUGGGCACUUUUCUAGCAGCUAUGGAUAUGACAGUGGUGACCACUCUUUUGCCAAAUAUUGCAUCCGAUUUGGAGGCAAGUUCACAAAUGUCUUGGAUCGCUACCUCCUACUUACUGUCCUGCAGUUCAUUCCAGCCAAUGUACGGAAAAUUAUCGAAUGUUCUUGGCCGGCGUGAAAUGCUAGUUGCUGCUAAUCUUUUCUUUGCUGUUGGAUGCCUCCUGUGUGGCUCUAGUUUUUCUAGCAACGUUUGGUAUUUAUCGAUUGCGAGAUUCAUCGCUGGAAUAGGCGGCGGUGGAAUGAAUACUCUCUCCACCAUCGCUAUAAGCGAUCUUAUCCCACUCAGACAACGAGGCAUGUACCAAGGUCUGGGAAAUAUAUGCUAUUCCUUGGGAUCUGCAUCUGGAUCUGUCUUGGGCGCGCUACUACAAAAAUCUGUAGGUUGGCGCUGGGCUUUUCUCAUUCAGGUCCCAAUCGCAGCGUUGAGUGCGGCUCUGGUAUUUAUCACCUUAAAGCUUCCAGAUGAAUCUCCGGGACGUGGCUCUGUGUGGAUCGCGAUCAAGGAAAAUGGUCAUUUUGACUGGUCUCAAAUUCCACACCUUAUCGACCUUGUUGGGUGCAUCUCCCUUGUAAGCGCCAUGCUUGUCCUCAUGGUCACCAUUACCUUUUUAAAUGAUCCUGGACAACUCGGACUGUACGAAUGGGCUGCACUUUUACUGGUUUUGGCAUUGACAUUUGGAUACUUCGUGCACACAGAGCUCAAUGUAGAGAAUCCAGUCAUACCAUUGAAACUUGUAGUUGGAAACAGAACAAUUUUAUCAUCUUCUCUCACAAAUUGGUUCUGCACAAUGGCCAUGUUUGCAGCAAUGUACUUCAUGCCAAUUUUCUGGCAAGCUGCGUACGGUCUCACUCCAUGGGAUGUAGGGUUACGAUCGAUUUCUAACUUUUUGGGAAUAUCGAUUGGUUCGCUGGGCUCGGGGCUCUACAUAAAAGCGACAGGAAAGUAUCGUACUUACUCGCUAGUGAUCUACAGCUUGUUCGUACUGGGAAUUUUGACUCUUUUUCUCACCACAUUCCAUCGCGACUCUCUAGGGUACAUGGAGUAUUUUCUGAUGUUUCUGCCUGGUGUGGGUUAUGCUACAAUGCUGACGGUGACUCUUUUGGCGCUCAUUGCUAGCGUCGAUUACUCCCACCAAGCGCAGGUAACUUCAAUUCAGUAUGCGUUCAGGGCGACAGGGUCCACAUUUGGUGUUGCAUUGGCCGGUCUCGUAUACCAGACAGGCUUAAAGUACAAACUGAAAACAGCUGUAUUAGGUAGCAGCGAAUUGCUGUCUAAGUACGGGGUGCACAAACUUGAGAAAUGGUGCCAAGAGAUAAUUACAGACAAUCUUUUCGACACGUCUUUUGAUAAGACUCUGCAGUACAAGACUACUGGAUCUUUCAUGUUUGGCAGUCAGGGCGCAAUAGGAUUUGCAUUAGUGAUGGCUAUUUUAGGUCUCAUAUCGAGCAUGUUCACUAGAGAGCAUUUCUUGCACACAUCGGUUCCAAGCCGGACGUAG